CAUGUUCUAGUAGAAACACAAAAUACAAGUAUGAACCUGAACAUGAGCACGAUAUGGGACCUUUAAACAUGUUACUGUUGGAUAUUAGAGUACUGAACAAUGGCAGUUUUUACACCUCCAAAUUCACCACUAUGGUUGCAAGAGUCCUAAAUUCUUUCCUGGUGACAUUAUGUGUCAUAUGUAUAAAAAAAAAAGAAAGAAAAAAAAGGUAGGUUGUGUAGGUAUUGGCAAAGUUAUGAUUAGGUGGUGUCUACUAUACUUUCAGUUCAAUAAAUAUGGUGACUGAUUGAUGAUUAGCCGUUUUCAAAUCAUUCCAAACUUCACUUAGAAGACUUUAUUUGAGUCUUUGGGAAUAAUAUAUUGUAAACAAAAGAAAACUUCAGUAUUGUAACUUAAUAAUAGUGUAUUGUUCCUCCCCCUGUAGCUUAGUGCAGUGUGAGAGCAGUGAGCCUCAUCCAGAGCAGCUGGGUGUCAGCCCUACAGUGUGAUCUGAUCUGAUCUGAUCUGAUCUGAGGCUCCUACAACACUAGUUUAGUCAGCCAGGUGAGGAAACACACCGCUCUGAAUAAUGGAGGACUUCACCUUACCGACGAGAUAGUUUAACAGUCUGCAGUAAUCUCACACCCAGCCUGAGAUUAAUUUCCGCCCACAUCUUCGAGGAUCAAAUGGAGAGAGACUCAACCGGGACUGCAGGAGACACCGAGCCGGCUUCAUCUCUGAGGAACAAUAUGAACCAAGACACCUGCUCAGCUGAUCACCACAGCUCCCGGGAUCAGACCUGUGGCUCUACUGAUGUCGCCAGGGCCAGGUGGACUCUCCUGAGACAGGUGUUGCGUCAGAAACAGGUGGACGCUCCGGAGUUCAAACAGGUGUCCGUUCGCAGGUUUGCGACAUUUGACCUUUUCAGCAGGAAAAGGCUUCUGACACACGACCCCAGUGAUACCUCAGACGACCAGUGGGCGGAGUACAGAAGUGUCUACUUUCCCGAGUACAGUGCCUUGCUCAGGGAUAACCUGGGUCCUAUCAGAGUCAAUGAAGUGCUCAACAGUUUUGACAACACUGGUAAUGUCUGUGUUGUGGCCGUCUGAAGAGGGUGAUGGCUCAUUAAUGUCUGCAGAAACGUCACAUGUUCAAGGGUGCAGUGGUGAGUUAGGAGGAGGGAUGACUUGUCUUGCUGGGCUCAUGGUUGCCAUUUGUGCUGACGUGAAGGAAGUUCUUGCUAUCAGAUGGAACGAGAAGUCCAUUCAGAAUGUACGAGGGCUGGCCGAGAAAAACAGGAAAGCUGGAAAGUUUGGGUCGACGCAGGUAUCUGCCAGAGUGGUGAGGUGGGACUGUGACUCAGACAUUUCGGCACUAGAGGGUCACUUUGACAUUGUCAUGUGUGCAGACUGUUUGUUUCUCGACCAGUACAGAGCCAGCCUGGUUGAUGCUAUAAGGAGAUUACUGCAACCCAACGGCACGGCGUUGGUGUUUGCUCCACUGCGAGGUGAAACUCUGAGACUGUUUUGUCAGCUGGCCCAGCAGGCCGGCCUCUGUGCCUCUCAACACCAGCAGUAUGAUGCUCAGGUCUGGGAUGUUCACUUAAAGAUGCUGAGAGAAGGAAAAGACGCAUACGAUGAGAACAUCCACUAUCCUCUCCUCAUCACCUUGACCAAAGGACCUCAACCUGUCAGCCACACUCAGUAAACCAAAACAAGUGAGCCCUCAGCUCUACACGGUACCACUCCACAUGCUUUUGGAUAUUUGAGAUGGAAUGAUGCUACAGAGUCAUGUCAAUGUGAAUGUGAACCACAAGUGAUCUAAGUUAGGAGGAAGAAUUGCACUGAAAGAGCAGCAUUAGAACAUACAGGAGGGGUUCAGAGCAAAACAAAUCGUGGUCACAUUUUUCAUAUUGAUACUGGCCACUUAGAGGGGUUUAUUAUCAGAUGAUGCAUGGCUUUGAAAAAAUAUUUGAACGUGCAUGUUUUGUAGUUUGAAGUGUUGUAAGAGAACAACCUUGUUUCCAAAGCAAUGAUACGUUUACUGUGGCUGACGAGGAAGGAAAUGAGAGGCGGAUAUAUUCUGAGCUAGUAUGUUUUAACCAUCUGCCAUAUGCCAAAUAACAACUGUCAGUCUCCAAAACGGUCACUCGGUCAGUCAGCCCUUUAAUCAGUUGGCCUCGUCCCUUUAAAGUUGAACUGAAACGUUCGACCAAGUUAAACGGGUUUACUAAAGGGAUUUCUGCUCUAAUGUACAAGUAUAUAACUAACAUGACAAAUGUCAGCAUUUAAGAGAAUCCGUUUCAUCUUUUUGUGACAACAGUGACGCCAUGUUGCAGUACUCUAGCCUGUGACGUCACUUGGUUGGUUAGAUCAGCUAAGUUACACAGAUAGAGACCGUGAAAUACUAAUGUCCUGAGACUGAGGAGACACAGGACAAAAGAAAACAAAAAGGGGGACACUAUUGUAUUGUUCCUGGAUGUAAACAAUGUUAAAACCAAGAACAAAACAGCCCAUUUCAUAAACUGACACUGAAAAGGAGAUCAGUACCAGAGUAUCAGUACCACAGCAGUGCUGGCUGUAGUGAUACUGAAAGAGCCCUCCGACAGGCACCGAGUCCAACUGCAGCUGGCUGUCUCCCAAUCUCCAGUCCUCUCCUCUCUCCGAUCACCUGUCUCUCCUCCUCUGCUGUCUCAUUAAGACCUGUUCAAAGACAGGGGUCGCUAAGAAAAUAAACGCCAAAAGCACUACUUUAUUCCAAAGCCCAUGUUAUAGCGUUUGUUUAUGUAACUUGCCGGUAGCUUCUGUGUAACUUAGCCGAGCUAACCGGAGCUAACCAACCGAGUGACGUCACAGGCUAGAGUACUGCAACAUGGAGGCGCUCUUGUCACAAAAGCUGCAGGAAAGAUGAAACAGAUCAUUUUUUCUCUUAAAUGCUGAUAUUUGUCAUGUUUGUUUGAAAAUGGUUCAUUAGAGUGGAAAUCCAUUUAGUAAACCAGUUGAACUUGGAUGAACGUUUCAUUUCCACUUUAAGGCCCUGACACACCAAUCCGACGGUCGGCCAUCGGACGGUUUGGGGUCGUCGGUGAGCGUCUGCCGGCCUAGUUUUUGCCGUGUGUCCUGCACCGUCGACUCUAGUCUGCCCGUGUCAGAGGUUUUUUGGCCGAUUCAGAAAGUUGAAUUGAGCUAGUCGGUGAGAGAAAUCACUCUGAUCGGCUGUUCAGCUUCAGCGAAUCAGUGCACCAGAAGAGAAACGUAAGUAAGGAAAGCAAGCCAAUAAGUAAAGUCAAAAGGAAAAGCACAGAUGGUUCUUCUCAUUCUUCAUCUUCAUCUCAUCUGAUCAUUCCAAUACACGGAUAUUUUCACAGCGACAUGAACAUCUGGAAUGAAACUAAGUGGGGAGUGAGAGUAUUG